GGAGCCCCCUGUGGGAGGGGAGCCCCCCUCCGUCCAGCUGUUUGCCGGGAAACCGCGGGGCCCAGGCCAGGCCGCGCCCCCUACCCCUCCCUCCCUUGCAGUCCGCAGCGGUCCCUCAACGUCCCUCCCACGGCGGGUUCUCAGCUCCGGAUCGGCUCCGCGCAGCCUCGCUCGGCCCUCGCUUCCGGAGGACAGCAGGUCUUCUUCCUAGCAGGCAUGAUGACCCAGAACAUGGUGACAGUGAAUGGAGUUGCUGUGGCCUCUACAUCGUCCCAGCCCACCCAUAUCAACAUCCACAUCCACCAGGACUCGGCUUUGUCAGAACUGUUGAAAGCUGGUGGUUCUCUGAAGCAGUUUCUUCCUUGCUUUGGAGAUACAAGACCUUCCAAGGCCACGAUUAACCUUGCACAGCUGGCUCUUGGGGUGGUUCACAUCCUGCUGGGAGUUGUAAGCUGUGCUCUGGGUGUGUGUCUCUACUUCGGGCCUUGGACUGAGCUGCGUGGUUCGGGCUGUGCCUUCUGGGCUGGGUCUGUGGCAGUUGCAGCCGGAGUUGGGGCCAUAGUCUAUGAGAAGCACCGUGGCAAACUUUUGGGCUGUGUGUCCAGCCUGCUCACCCUGGCUGGCAUUGCCACGGCCGUGGCUGCCCUUGUCCUCUGUGUGAACAGCUUAACCUGGCAGACUGAUGGCUUCUUCUACAUGGACUCUGUGUGUGAUUGCCCAGGGUCUGUUGACCCCACCGCUGGCUACAAAUGGAGGCAGAGAAAUGAAGACUGGCAGAAGAAUGAGUGCAGAGCCUACAUGAGCAUGCUGGUGAACUUAUUCCUGGCAUUCCGAGCCAUGUUGCUGGCUGUCUGUGUCCUGAAGGUUAUUGUGUCCUUGGCUUCCCUGGGAGUGCACCUCAGAAGCCUGUGUGGCCAGAGCUCUGGCCCCCUGAAUGAGGAAGAAUCAGAGGAGAAGCUAUUGCAGGAGAAUUCAGUGCCUCCCUCACCCUCUAGGGAGAAGACCCCAGCUGCCAUUGUCCUGUGAGCCACCAGAGACUCCACUGGGCUCCCUCCCUCUUGUGUCCUUUUCCAGGACAUGGUACAUGCCACUCAAAGCUCUCUGCCCUGUCCUUGUGCUUGUGUCCCCCUCAGCCACUGCCCCCUCUUUUCUCCCCUCAUUGUUUACACCCACUGCUCCCACUCCUGGGUUUUCAAACCCAUGAACAGAUAUUGCUGCACUUUCCCCAAUGCUGAUUAAAAAGAAACAACCAGGAAAAGCAGUUUCACACAGGAA